UGUGUCUCAAACCGAAUAUUCUACUUCCUCCGUAUUCUGUUGUAGCUUUGCGAGCAGCUGCAGUGUUGCUAUGUUAUUCAGGUCACUGGUAGCGAGUGCCUGCACUCUCGGUGUAUUUGGAGCGGCAACGUAUAAAUUCGCCCCUACUAAGGUUCAAGCAGCCUUCCUUCAGUCCAUUGUAAGGAAAUCGGCUCUUGUGGAGCAGUCCGACAUGAGGAUAGAGCUACUGCCCGCCCUCACUGAUAACUACAUGUACCUCCUCAUUGACGAGGACACAAAAGAAGCUGCCAUUGUUGACCCAGUGGAACCUAAUAAGGUAGUAGAAGCAGUUAAGAAGCAUGGUGUGAAGCUUAAAACUGUCCUAACCACACAUCAUCACUGGGACCAUGCUGGCGGCAAUGAGAAACUGGUGAAGUUGGUUCCAGGGCUGACAGUAUACGGAGGUGAUGACCGGGUUGGAGCCUUGACUAAAAAAGUGACGCACUACAACACUUUCAAAGUGGGCUCACUUAAUGUGAAGUGCUUGUUUACGCCAUGCCACACCACUGGACACAUCUGCUACUUUGUGACAAAAGAAAACAGCUCUGAACCCCCUGCUGUGUUCACAGGUGACACCCUGUUUGUAGCUGGCUGUGGGAAGUUUUUUGAGGGUACUGCUGACGAGAUGUACAAAGCUCUGAUAGACAUACUAGGACGACUUCCUCCAGAAACGCGCGUGUACUGCGGUCAUGAGUACACCAUCAACAAUCUGAAAUUUGCACGCCACGUUGAGCCAGGCAAUGAGGCCAUCAGGAAAAAACUGGCAUGGGCUAAGGAGAAAUACGACAACGGAGAGCCCACCAUUCCUUCAACUGUGGCUGAUGAGUUCACAUUCAACCCAUUCAUGAGAGUGAGAGAGAAGUCUGUUCAGGAGCAUGCUGGGACAAGCAAUCCCAUAGAGACCAUGAGGGUCAUCCGUAAGGAGAAGGACGGCUUCAGAGUGCCCAAAGACUGAAUUUACAUAGGUGUGGAGCUCACGUUGUCUUAAGGAUAUCUACCACUACUAUGCGUCUUAGUGCACUUCAUGCUCUUUUGAAGAAAAACUAGCAAAAUCUAAGCUGCACACAGGCAAUAGAUACAUUAGUGUUAAUCCAAAAUUCGUAACACUCUUAAAGGGGGAAAGAUUUGAUUUGACAAGUUUUUUUUUUGGUUCAGCCUUGGUCAGCACUUCGUGAAAGGGUAGUGGCACUCCAGUCCUGGAAGGCUACGGCACACUAGUUAUGUGUUUUCAUAACUCUGACUGCCUGAUUCCACAUAUUAUCAAAUGAACCAGUGAUCAACUAGUUAUCAAAUGAAUUUGUGAAAUGAACUGGAAGUUUUCUAGAUGAAAAAAACACGAAACUGUUCCAUUUGGCCCCUCAUGACUGGAGUUUGAUUUGGAUUAGUGUUUAUGUGGUAGAAGACUUGUUUUCAAAUAGAAAUGGCAAGAAAGCUAGCAGAUGAAACACAUUACACUUCCGUUUUCUAAGUUUAAGGUACAUAUUACUGGCACCUGUAGAAUCUGUGUAAGGAAUAGAAGCAUAGGUGCUCAUUUUUCUGUUCUUGCUUUGAUAACAUUCAGUUUGGCUUUUUUUGGAAACAUUUGUUCCAGCUGACUGCAACACGUAUAGAUGUGGUGAGUAUAAGGUGAAAUGUAUUUAAAUCAGAAACCUGCCAGGUGAAUGAUUGACAGCCAUAUUUAUGUUGUGGUUUUGAGAGCAGGGAUUAUUAAUUACUAAAUUGAUGACUUAUUGUGCAAUGUUUAAUUUUGUAAAUUAAAGAGAAGUAUUUUUAAGAAUAAGAGAAUGUUACACUAUUUGUGGUGUAAGAGAGAUUAUAUAUGAGAUGUACAGAUCUCUAAAUACUACUAGCAUGUCCAGAUAUGGCAUACUUAUAUCUCAGUAAUACUGCUUUUAAUUUGAUUUUAGGGGUGUUUGUAGAUCUCUUUAUUUGGAGUUGAUUUAGAGCAGUACUAAUUCAGCAUUUGUGCAUUUGUUUGAGCAGUUUACAUGCUAAUUUCCAGUAAUUAUUUUAGCAAGUUUUGCACUUUCUAUCCUCAGAAGUAACAGAGUUAUGAUUGUAUUUCAUUGUGUCUAAUAAAGCACACGGGAAAGUC